AUGGAUGCUCUUGCUGGCAGUCUCCUUGGAUGGCUCUGCUUGGGCAUCACCGUCCUUUUUGGGGUGACUGUGCGCUACAUGGCCAUGAGAAACCCUGUGGAGAAAGCAAACCUGCUGGUCUGGAGCCUGCUGCCUGCCUUGCUGGGGCUGCUGUGCCUGGCAGUGCUGGGUGUGGGCUGGGGGCUGGUGGGGCUCUGCUUCUCCUGCCUCCUCUCCUGGGGGUACCUGGGCGGCGGCGCGUUGCUGCCUGUGGGCGACAGAGCCGUGCUCAUCACAGGAAGCGAUACUGGGAUUGGACAUGCACUGGCUAAAUACCUGGACAGCCUGGGCUUUGUUGUGUUUGCUGGGGUUUUGAAUAAGGAUGGACCUGGAGCUGAGGAGCUGAGACAGACCUGUUCUCAGAGACUCUCUCUUCUGCAGCUGGAUAUAACCAACGCCACCCAAGUCAAAGAAGCCUAUAAAAAAGUCUCAGAGAAGUUGCAAAAUUCAGGGCUCUGGGGAGUUGUGAACAACGCGGGCAUCCUGGGCUUCCCUGCUGAUGGUGAGCUGCUCCCCAUGAGCACAUACAGGCAAUGCAUGGAGGUCAAUUUCUUUGGGGCUGUAGAUGUGUCCAAGACCUUCUUACCCUUGCUUCGGAAAUCCCAGGGGAGGCUGGUGAAUGUGUCCAGCAUGGCAGGAGGCAUUCCACUGCCAAGGUAUGCUGCAUAUGGUGCAUCAAAAGCAGCUCUGUCCAUGUUUUCUGGAGUAAUGAGGCAAGAGCUUUCCAAAUGGGGAAUUCAAGUUGCUGCAAUUCAUCCAUCAGGCUUCCGAACAGGUAUACAAGGCACAUCUGACCUGUGGGAUAAGCAAGAAAAGGAGCUGAUGGAGAACCUCCCAGCAGACACAAGGCAAGACUAUGGUGAGGACUACCUCCUGGGGCUGAAGAGCUACCUCCUGCAGAUGCCUGCAUACUGUGAUGCUGACCUCUCCCCUGUGCUGAGAGCAAUCCUGCAUGCUCUGCUGGCCAGGAGACCACACGGCUUGUACACCCCUGGCAAAGGGGCUUACGUGCCCCUCUGCAUCUUUUGCUACUUUCCUCUGUGGUUCUAUGACUUUUUCAUUAGUAAGAUGCUGAGUCUGUCCCAAGGGCACUGA